AUGCAGCAGACUUCUCAGUCCGCCACAAGCGCGUGCUGUGGUCUCGUACAGCUAAUUGGGCAGCUGCAAUGCUAUGCGUCGUUCCGCGGUACCAGCAUCACUGCGAUCUGCUACAUCACCAAGUCUGAUCUAAACCUACUUGGUCUCGACUGGAUUGAACAACUUGGGUUGGCCGAUAUGCCGCUCCGCAUUGUUUGCUGUCAGGUGCAGAUUCCCGCUGUGCUUGCAGACCAAGCCAAGGGCAUUCCCCAACGGUUUGCUCCAGUGUUCCAAGACGGCCUGGGUCGUUGCACAUACACUCAAGCCGUGCUACAUCUGUCUCCUGGAAGUCAACCAGUCUUCCGUCCAAAGCGACCAGUCCCAUAUGCAGCCCUACCACUUGUCGAGGCUGAACUGAAACGUCUAGAGGAAUUGGGAGUUCUGGUUCCUGUAUCCAACUCCGCCUGGGCCGCUCCAGUCGUUGUGGUUAAGAAGCCCAAUGGCUCGGUCCGCAUUUGUGCUGACUUUUCCACCGGUCUCAAUGCCGCACUGACGCCGAACUGCUAUCCAUUACCGGUUCCGGCUGAUCUUUUCACCCUGCUAAAUGGUGGCACUUGCUUUGCCAAGUUAUAUAUCGCUGAUGCGUAUCUGCAGAUCGAGGUCGCCCCAGAGUCGCGCGAAUUGUUGACCAUCAAUACCCACCGCGGUCUGUUCCAAUACACCAGGCUGCCCUUUGGUGUCAAGACCGCCCCGGCCCUAUUUCAACAAACGAUGAACGCAAUGCUCUCCGGCAUCCCUGGCACAGCUGGGUACCUGGACGACAUCAUCAUCGUGGGUCGCUCCCCUGCCGAGCUCCAAGACCGAGUGUACGCAGUACUCGAACGCGUGCAGGAAUAUGGCUUUCACCUACGGGCCGAUAAGUGCCAAUUCUUCCUCGACUUCAUCAAGUACCUCGGAUUCGUUUUUGACGUCAAUGGUCGCCAUCCAGAUCCUGAAAACAUUCGGGCCGUCCAGCAGAUGCCUGCCCCCAAGAAUGUAUCGCAACUUCGUUCGUUCCUUGGCCUGAUCAGCUACUAUAGCGCCUUCCUACCAUCGCUGCAUGACGUACGGGCCCCGCUCAACCGCCUGUUGCAGAAGGAUGCUCCCUGGUGCUGGUCCCCCGACUGUGAAAAAGCCUUCGCCCAGCUAAAGUCGAUGCUGAGUUCAGAUCUGCUGCUCACGCACUACGACCCGACGCUGCCGAUCGUUGUUGCCGCAGAUGCUUCCAACCACGGAGUUCGUGCCGUCAUCUCACAUACUUUUUUCGACGGGUCUGAAAAGGCGAUCAUGCAUGCAUUUCGCACGCUAACCCCUGCGGAGAAGAACUAUGGGCAAAUAGAGAAAGAGGCUCUAGCCCUCGUGUUUGCCGUCAAGAAAUUUCACAAACUGUUGUACGGUCGCCACUUCACGUUGUUGACGGAUCACAAACCAUUGCUGUCAAUCUUCGGUUCGAAGAAGGGCAUUCCCGUCUACUCAGCCAGCCGACUUCAACGAUGGGCAAUAAUCCUUAUUGGCUACGAUUUCGACAUUCGCUACUGUCGUACUACAGACUUUGGUCAGGCUGACGCCCUUUCUCGCCUCAUCAGCAAUCAGCAGGAACCGGAGGAAGAUGUCGUAAAUCGUAAUGUUCUCACGAACUAA